CCGGCGAGGGCGCGGAGCUGCCCGCGGCGGCGGCCUCGGCCGCGCGGCUGCCCGAGGAGGCGGGCAGCGGAGGCGUCGCCGCGCUGCGCGUCCGCGGCUGCGCGCACUUCGAGACCGCCCAGGCCGUGCACGGCGACUACGAGGUCUGCGGCCGGAACCACGGCAGGCCAGCCUUUCGGAUCGGGGACAUCGACCAGGGCCAGGGCUUCGACGCGUUCAUCUACUACUGGGACGACCGCGAGGGCGCCGACUUCGCGGGCUGGUGGAUGGGGCCCCGGCUCGGCGGCGAGGACGUCUGGGUCCACCACCCCGGGUGGCCGGCAGACCGCUGGCCUCCCAGGAGAGCGGCUGGUGCGCGCCGCACGAUGGCCCCGUCGACGCCGUCAUGGUGGUCGAGACCGUGACCGCCGCAGAAGAUCUGCCCAUCCUGCCGGACAGGCAGGCGCCCUCCUCUGGAUCCCUGCAGCGCCCGCGGGAGGCCACCUCCAGGACCGACGAGGCCAGGAAGGCAAGGCUUGGCAGGCUGGCUGCGCAGCUGAAGCCCCAGGCCGACGGUGCGGCGGAGCAGGUCAGGCAGGAUUCCGGACGCCAGGAGCAGCUGGUGGCGCUGAAGCGCAGCCUGGACUCCGUGCACAAGGAGACCGAUGAGCAGAUGCGUCGCAUGAUGGAGCUGCAGCGGAAGAUGCAGAGCCUACAGCAGAGCAUGCAGGACCGCCAGAAACGGGAGGAGCAGAUCCAGAGGAGGAUGCGGGAGUUGGUUGUCUCCUCCAGUGUUAUCGACACCUAGAGCGACGGGCUCUUCAUGGCGGACUGCGGCGAAUGCUUCGUGGUGCGGGCAGCGCGCCGAGGUGGCUCAGCGUCCUCCCAGGCGUCAGGAGAGGAAGCCCUGAGCGACCGUGGAGUUUUGUGAGGGUUGUGAGUUUACCAGCCCUUCCUUAGGGCAGGCGGCCCUGGUGCAGAACCAGAGGAUGAUGCUCUUCCUCGUGUUGCUCCCUUUCCUGAUCCUGAUUACCACCCCCUCCUCCUGAUUCCCCCCCCUCUUCCGACGCCCCAUCCUCUGCGUUUUAACUUCAAGUUUUUUUAGGAAAUUGUGGGCGAUAUUUUUCUCUGAGCUCAUGCCGCAGCAUUGGUGCGCCUGGCUGCUGGUCGCUUCCCCCUUCGCCACGCCGGAUUGGCAUAGUUCCAUUGAACACAGGAAAUCAUCG